ACGGUUGCUUCUUUCCAACAUUAUAUGGAGAAAUUGAGGCGUAUUGCUGGGAAUGGUAGAGUUGAUAGUAUGUUGGAUGGUUUGCAAAAUGAUAAGUGGGCCAAUGCAUUUUUUAGAGGGAAACGAUAUGGUGAGAUGUCAUCUAAUGCUGCCGAGUCUUACAAUAAUUGGAUUGGUGGGGCCCGUGAGUUGCCUGUUACUUGUAUGGUUGAUAUGAUUAGGGUUCAAAUUAUGACUCAAUUGUCGGAUAGAAGAGCUGAAUCUAGAAGAUGGACUACGAAAUUGUGUCCAGUUAUGGAAAAGAAGUUGGUGGACUCUUUGGAGCUAGCUAAGUCUUGGGAUGUGAUUGUUGCUAGUGAUACUGUGCUUGAGAUUGUUUUAGAGAGUCAUACAAGGAAUCUGUUUAUCCAGUGCCUUCAAGUGAGAGAUUUGACUUUGAUGGUGCCAGUAGUUCGGUUAUCAAACCUCCUAUAACGAAGAAGCAGCCCGGGCGGAACAAGAAGAAGAGGAUACCUUCUAGGGGUGAGAAUGUGAAGCAAAUCAAGUGUGGGAGGUGCAUGAAAUAUGGGAAUCACAAUAAGAAGACGUGCAAGGCUGCUAUUUGA